AUGGAGGUGAUUAGAAGCACAGGCGAUGGAGCUCCUCCUACUGGUGAACUAAAAUUAGAUGUUGAUGCAGCUGUCGUCGAGCAGGCGGAUUUUUUCUCAACCGGAGGAGGGAUUCACAGCUCAAAUGGGGUAGUCUUGGGUGCUUUCUGUAAGAGGCAUUUUGGCUCGGUCUUGCCGUUCAUUGCCGAGUGUCAUGCGAUGAGGGAUGGCCUUUUGUUUGCAGCAGAAAAUGGUUGGAGAAUUCAGAUGGCGGAGACUGAUGCUCUGAAGGUUGUUUCUAGUGUUAAAACUAGUGUAAUUUGCUUCAGUCCAAGGAGGAGAGUCCGCCGAAGGCCAAGAAGUCCCAACCGAAGCCCCCGGCGACUACGUCGAGGCAAUCGACGAAGCGGACCAAGGGGGACAAGGGGGAGCCACUCCAACGCCGAGAACGGCGGUUCUGAGGAGGAGAAGCCGGAGCCGAAGAAGUCGGAAGGAGACGACUCGAAGAAGGUUCUCUUUCAGAGGGUGUGGAGCGAAGAUGACGAGACCGCUAUCUUGAAGGGGAUGAUCGACUUCACCGCAAAGAGGAGUGCAGAUCCCGCCGUCGCCGACAUGAACGAAUUUCACGAUUUCAUUAAGAAGUCGCUACAAAUCGGUGCUUCGAAGACGCGGCUCAGUGAUAAGGUUCGAAGGCUGAAGAAGAGUUCGCGAAAGAAGAUCAACCCAACGAAGCCUCACGAGAUGGCGGCCUUCCAGCUGUCGAAGAGGAUUUGGGGCAGCGGAGAGCCGAACUCGAAAGGCGCAGCAAAGAGUGGCCAGAAAGUCAAGUCGGAGGCGCUUUCGUCGGCCGUGGCUCUGGCGGGAAUCGAAAUGGCUGAGAUUGAUCGAAAGGCUGGCGCUUCGGCGAGUUUGAGCUGGCCGGAGUAUAGGGUGAAGCAUGGACUUGACUUGAUUUUGGAAUCGAAGAAAGCCGAGGGGGAGGCGAAGUGGGAGAAGCUGUGCCUUGCUGAAUUGGACCUUUUUGUUGAGAAAAGUAUUGAUCAGUUUCUGGUGACUUAUUGAGCGCAGCAUAUUGUGGCCUCGUU